AAGAGAUUAGGCCAAUUUCGUUCCUCUUUUGUAAAAUUCAGUUUGUAGUUGGGCUUGUGGUUUUAAUAAAAAUGACAAAAAAAAUUCAGUUCCAUGAAUUUUGACCAAUUUAUGAAUUUAAUGAUUGAACAAGAGUAAACAUCUCUUCCAUUUUAAAAAUCAUAAAAGUAUCGAACAACUCGAACCAAAAUGCACCGUUCCGAUGAUAUACACCACAUUCCAACGUCAUUACUCUUCUUUUUAUAUGUUUUUUAAUUAAUAUUGUAUAUAAAAUAGAAAAACAUUUAGACUAUUUUCUUUUCUUGGUCUCUGAAAAUAAGGGCAAAACAAGACGUGACGAAGCUCCAUAGUUGGUGGUGGUCGAGAUCCGGCGUGGACGGGUUUCCUCCUCCUCCUCCGAUAAUGAAGAUGAUGAAGAUUCCGAGCGGCGUUGUCGCUUCAGUCAUUGCCUUCUCCACCGCUGCUCUCUCUUCUUCUUCCUCCGCUGUUCCACCCAUCUCCCCAAAGGGCUGGGAAUCGAGAAAGAUGGAGAAAAUAGAGCCUAGGUUUGAUGGGUUGAGGUUCAUAGAGACGCUGGUCACAGCACACAGAUAGAUAUAUUCAUUAUCACUUUUGUCCUUUGGUGCUGCAAAAGCUUUGACACACAAAGCGUGAGUGCUCUCACUACAGUCUUCUUCUCUUUAGUCCUUGUCUUCUAUUAUACCAAAACAGUCUUUUCUUUUACAAUUUACAUUUGUGUACUGAGACUUGUAUCACUUUGCUUCAAGGGCUACGCUAAAUUGAGAGCCAAUCGACUGCCAUUCAGUUGUGUUUUCUUUUUCA